UUCCCCAUGAAUGAAGUUCAGCUUCAGCUAACAUAAAAGACAGAAAAGUUUGUUGGAUCUUUAGAAGUUUUCAUGAUCGUUGUUAUUCUGAGUUAUUACUUCUUCAUAUUUAACAAUCACCAGUAAAGCAGAAGAUGGUUUUGCACAGAUAAACCGGAUCGGAUUGCUAUGGAGGAGGAAGCAGAAGCGCCUGACACCAGCACAGCACUUUCUUCACCGGCUGAAGAUUCCUCACAGGAAACAUCUGAAGAGGCUGCUCGGGGUUUUAGCGCCUCCUGUCUGACAACAGCAGAACUGCAGCAGCACUGGAGAGCCGUGAAGCAGGAAUACAGAACUUUUAAACUGCUGUUUGACAUCCCAUCAGCCCGAAUAAUCGACCAAACACUAUCAAAAUAUGUGGUGUACCAGAUCGUGGUAAUCCGAUCUGGUAGCUACGACUGUGAACGUGUAGCUAUUGAGAGGCGUUACUCAGACUUCCUUCACCUUCAUCAGGAGCUCCUUCUUGACUUCAGUGAAGAGAUGGAAGACAUUGCGAUGCCCAGGAAGAAAAUGACGGGAAACUUCUCAGAGGACAACAUCUCGGAGAGACGUGUAGCCCUUAGAGACUAUCUCACUCAGCUCUACUCUCUCAGAUAUGUCCGUCGUUCACCAGUUUUCCAGGCGUUUUUCACUCAUCAGGAACUUAAAGACGCGUACGACCAGCUGCGUGGAGGGCGAUUUUCCCAGGCUCUCGAGAUCCUCCAGAAGGUGUCGGUGUUACAGGAGAAAUUUUCUUUUCAUGACUCCACUUUAGUGAUACCAACCUUGUGUGCCAUAUUGGUGUGCCAGAGGGAUCUAGAGGACUUCAGUAGUGCUUUUGAGACAGGCAGAAGGGCUCUUCCGACAGUGAGGCGCUAUGAGCUGCGACGCUAUCACGGACCCCUGCUGGAGGCUCUCGUUGAUUUGGGCUACAGCCUUGGACUUCCAGUGGCCCAGUUACAGGAAGAGUUGACCAGACUAAGAGACUCACCGCAUGCUCGUGUAUCACAGAUAACCCUGAAAGAACUGGUGGUGCAAGAGUUUGUGUAAGAAGCGUACAUGUGUUUUAGCAGAGGUCAAAUGUAGGCCGGGGCUUUCAUUUAGGGUCAAGGAAUUCAUGUUAUAUAAGAAAGACAGGUUAAUAUAGAGAUCAUUAUUUGCAACAGUUUUGGUCAAAACUAUAAUUGUUUAUUACAUUCAAAUGUUAAUGUGUAAGCCAUUUUUAUACGUGCUGUGUUUGUGGUCAACAGAAGAAAUGUUUCAGAAACAUGAGCCAAGACAAAAUUACAUUUAUCUGAAUAAACCAUCAAUUGAAGACCAUA